AUGCUUAAUGUAAGACUUGGUGAAACAACAUUUGUGUUUGACAGGUCUGGCAUAGAAGAAGUCUAUAAUGAAAGAGAACAUAUGCUCCAAGAAGCCAGCGAGUUAAUGAAAGAGACCUGCUCAACUACACCAGCAAAAAAGAAAAAAGUGGAAAACAAAGCGAAAGAUAUGAUUGAAAAGACACGCAAUGAAAGAGAGGCUAUGGCACUGCUGGCCUUUUCUGAUGUGGAUGACACUUUAAUCGACCAUGAUUACGAUGUUGGAACUGCAAAACAGAUAUCUGUACAAGAUGUUGGAACUGCAAAACAGAUAUCUGUACAAGAUGUUGGAACUGCAAAACAGAUAUCUGUACAAGAUGUUGGAACUGCAAAACAGAUAUCUGUACAAGAUGUUGGAACUGCAAAACAGAUAUCAGCCCCCCGUACCAAAAGGAUGAACAAAAGUAAAACAUUGAGAAAAAAUGGCCUUGAUUACCUACGAGAAAAAGCGGAAAUAUCACGAGAAAUAAGAUCUGCAGAACUCAAGUUAGAAGAACAAAAAAUGGAUAAUGAAAAAGAAAAAAUUGCAAAUGACAAAGCAAGACUUGCCUUGGAGUCUAAAAGGCUUGAGGCAGAAAUUCAAGAAAAAAAACAUAGGAUAGAGUUAGAACAAAAGAAAUCUGAGCAAGAUGUCGCUGAAAGAAAAAACUUGAGUGACCUCAUCAAAACACAACAAAAGCUUAUUGAAGCAUUACUGACAAAACUUGAUAAUAGAUAA